AUGGCACAAAGAGUAGUUAGAGCAGGAUACAAUCCAUACAUUACACCAAGCAACGUCAUGGUCUUCGCAAAGGACAAGGAGACUGGAAAGUUGUACUUCAAAAAACAGAAGAAAACAGGUAGCCCACAGAAGUGCGGUGACUGCAAGAAGAAGCUUGAGGGAAUCCCAACUCUUAGACCAGCAGCAUUUGCAAGGCUUCCAAAGUCCCAGAGAACAAUUAACAGAGCAUACGGUGGAACAGUUUGCGGAGUGUGCGUAGAGAAAAGAAUCCUCAAGAACUUCUUGACAGCCGAAGAGAAACAAAUCAAAGAAAUGACCCAAUAA